AUGGCGAAAGGUCGUCUUUCUGGUUCUGAUUCGUCGGACAGUGAUGACGAAGUAAAGUGGCUACAAUCACGUCACAAGCAAAGGAAGCCCUCGGUUCCAAGCGAUGAGACGACACAUGAUUCAAAGUCAGGUGGAAUUGAGGAGGGUGAAGUAUCUAGUGAUGACCUCGAUGAAGACGAAGAUGAUGGCCUGGAUGACAACUUAAUCGGUGGGGAAGAUGAUAAGCGUCGGUUGGCGAAAAUGAGUGAAAAAGAAAGAGAAGAAGAACUAUUCAAGAGGGCUGAGAGAAGAGAUGCCAUACGAGCCCGCAAAGCUGUAAAACAAAAGCUAAAAGAAAGACGAGAAAGAGAAAAGGCUCAACAGGUAGCCUCUUUAUCCAAACAGCUUGUCGGAGAUUCAAAACCUAAAAGAUCUGCAUAUCACAACGUAUUUUCAGACAGCGACGAGGCAGAAAAUAGUGAUUCAAGUGGUCUAGGACCGAAAGGCCUUAGACAACGUAAGAUCGCCCUGGAGAAAAAGAAGGUGGCUCACAGGGAUAAGUUUCAGGAACUCAUCGAGCGUCGCAAACAACAGGCUGCUAAAAAGCGUCGAACUCAUACAUCAGACGAAGUAGAUAUAUCCGCCCAAAAUAGUUCCGGGAGUUCGUCAGAUAGUGAUGACAAUAGUCCAAAGCCACGUGGAAAAGUUCAGGAGAAACACCAGUCUAUGUCUCAGCGUGUUUUUUCCUCAGAAGCAUCAGACUCUUCUGAUUCAAGUCGACCUGGUUCGCGUCCUGUGGCUCGACGUUCAAGUUUUUCAAGUUUGUCAGGUUCACAGCGAUCUGGUUCUUCAAGUGAAGAUGACGCUCGAGGCAGAAGUCGUUCACCUGAAGAGGAACUAGUCUCCUCUGUUGAGCAUCUAUCUCGUAUUCGGUUGUCACGUUUUAAAAUGGAAAAGUGGGUUCACAUGCCGUUUUUCGAUAACUUGAUAAAAGGAUGUUUUGUGCGUAUCAACAUAGGAUUACAUCAAGGUGUGCCGAUUUAUCGUUGUGCUGAAAUCGUGGAUGUCGUGGAAACUCCUAAAAUAUACGAUCUUGGUGACACUCGAACUAAUAAAGGAAUUGUAGUUCGUGUUGGGAAAGAUCAAAGUACAUUUCGUUUGGCGUUCAUCUCAAACUCUGAUUUUCAGCAAGAUGAAUUUGACAGCUGGAUGCGGCGAAUACAUCUUGCGAACAUGAAACCUCCGACUUUGAAUUUUGUCCGAGAUAAGGCUGCUGAAAUUACUGAAGCAAUAAAUCGUCCUAUUCGAGAUGAACGCGUGGUUGAACAGAUCAUACAAUCCAAACGUCGUUUUCAAAAAGCUCCAACAAAUUUUGCUUUACGCAAAGCGGAAUUAAUCAAACAACGAGAGCAAGCAGAAACAGAUGGUGAUACAGAAUUAUUAAAACACUUAGAUAAUGAAAUAGAAGAAAUUGAAUCUCAAGCUGAACGAAUUGAGAGACGUCGAACUUUAGGUUUUAAAUCAAUUACAUCUAUAAAUCAACGUAAUCGUGCACUUAGUGUGCAACAAGCUGAAGAAGCUAUUCGCAAAGAAAGUGAAGAAGCAUUGAAUUCCAAGGAAGAAGAUCCAUUUACACGUGUUCAUUCUCAACCGGUAAUUGUCACAAAGAAAUAUUUGGAGAAUUUACGUCAUAAAAGACUUGGAGUAGUAGCUCAAUCGAAUACUUCCUGUGAUUUGAAUCAAAGUUUUCCUCCACCACCAACUCCUGAAUCAGAGCUAAGCAUGUCAUCUAAGCAUUCACUGUUGAAUACACCAAUGGGAAGUAAUAGUAUAAUAACUGAAGCACCUGACUCAGUAUGUUGGUCAUUGGGUGAUGAUAAUAGCAACUUGUCCACACCGCAUGAUUCUCUUCAUGCAAUACAUAAUUUUGAAAUAAAUAUUGAUUUAGACUUGGAUGGAAAUAAUGAUCAGGCGAAUUCUAACGGACGCACAGGAUCAACUAAUCAUGACGUACGACAUUCAACUAGUCCUAGAUCACGUGGUACUGCAAAUUCUACUCAUGAUUUUAUCAAUGGCAGUCCCCAGACACCAAUGAACGGUCCAUUUGGAAAACCAAAUCGUCGAUUGUUAAAUUUACAAGAGUACAAGAAGCGUCAUGGAUUAAUUUAAUUCCUAAUUGAUAUGCA